GGAGACAGACCGCAGAGACAGCAGCAGCAUGACUGUCCACACUGAGACACAGGACACGGAUCCGUAGUGGGACUGAGAGAAAUACAUUGUCCCUGCUUAUUAUUAUUAUUAUUAUUAUAGUGGUUAAAUCGGACAUAAAGCGAUGGCUUGACAUUAUUGCGUCUUUUUCUGAGUUCCAUCGACGUGACAGCGGACUCUCUCCGUGAGUGAGCGCCCGGACGCUUCUUCUCCUCCUGCUGCUCCUGGUGAUGAUGAUGAUGAUGUGCUGUUCGGGUAUGAAGCAGUGAAGUGGAGCAGCAGUGGAUGUCGCAGCCCUGCAGGGUCACAACACACACGACUGAAGGGUCAAGAAAUUGUUGCAGCGAGGGGAAUUCCCCCGCCGCUCCUCAUUACGCCAUGGAUGACUCGGGGAUAAUACGUCGCCGGAGGCUGCAGGAUUUGCCACUACCUCGCAAAAACAGCAGUUGUCGUACAAGCAACAGGAAGAGUCUGAUCCUGACCACCACCUCUCCCACGCUGCCUCGCCCCCACUCACCUCUGCCUCUCCCUGGACACCUCGGGAGCAGCCCUCUGGACAGCCCGCGAAACUUCUCUCCCAGCAACCCGGCGCAUUUCUCCUUUGCCUCCUCCAGAAGAGCGGAUGGACGCCGGUGGUCUUUGGCAUCUUUGCCCUCUUCUGGAUAUGGCACCAACACCCCCAGCUCUACGUCCUCCAGCUCCUCACAGGAGCGGCUGCAUCAGCUGCCCUUCCAGCCCACCAUGGACGAGCUCCACUUCUUAUCCAAGCACUUUGGCAGCACUGAGAGCAUCACGGAUGACGACGGGGGCCGCAGCUCUCCUCACAUGCGGCUGCGCUCCCGUAGUCUCAGCCCAGGACGCUCCUCCUCCUGCUAUGAUAAUGAGAUAGUCAUGAUGAACCAUGUGUACAAAGAGCGCUUUCCAAAGGCCACAGCACAGAUGGAGGGGAGGCUGGCCGAGUUCAGCCAGGCUUUUUCCCCUGAAAAUGUUCUUCCACUCGCCGACGGAGUCCUCAGCUUCAUCCACCAUCAGAUAGUUGAGCUGUCCAGAGACUGCCUGGCCAAAGCCCGCGAGGGCCUCAUCACCUCCGUCUACUUCUUUGAACUGCAGCAGAAUCUGGAGAAGCUUCUUCAUGAUGCCUUCGAGCGUUCGGAGAGCAACGAGGUUGCUUUUGUCACCGAGCUGGUGAAGAAGCUUCUCAUCAUCAUCUCACGUCCCGCUAGGCUUCUGGAAUGUUUGGAGUUUAACCCAGAGGAGUUUUACCAUCUGCUGGAGGCGGCGGAGGACCACGCCAAGGAGGGUCAUCUGAUGAAAACAGACAUUCCUCGUUACAUCAUCAGCCAGUUGGGACUGACCAGAGACCCAAUUGAAGAGAUGGUAAACCUUGAUAGUUACGACAGUGAGGGACCACUGACACCUGAAACAGAUGACUCGACGGAGGGAAAGAUCAGAGCAGUGAAACCACCGGGAGAAGAAGACUUCCAGACCAUCAAGCUGAUUAGUAAUGGAGCAUACGGUGCUGUGUACCUGGUGCGUCAUCUGGAGACACGGCAGCGGUUCGCCAUGAAGAAGAUUAACAAACAAAACCUGAUCCUGAGGAACCAAAUCCAGCAGGCCUUUGUGGAGAGGGACAUCCUCACGUUUGCAGAGAAUCCUUUUGUCGUCUCCAUGUACUGUUCCUUCGAAACUCGACGACACCUGUGCAUGGUCAUGGAGUACGUAGAGGGUGGAGACUGUGCUGCACUGCUGAAGAAUAUUGGAGCUCUGCCUGUGGAAAUGGCCCGCAUGUACUUUGCAGAGACGGUCCUCGCACUGGAGUACUUACACAACUAUGGCAUCGUGCACCGUGACCUCAAGCCUGACAACCUCUUGAUCACCUCCAUGGGACACAUCAAGCUGACGGACUUUGGCCUGUCCAAGAUGGGUCUGAUGAGUCUGACCACAAACUUGUAUGAAGAGCACAUAGAGAAGGAUACGCGGGAGUUCCUGGAUAAACAGUUGUGUGGAACUCCAGAGUACAUUGCCCCUGAGGUAAUUCUUCGUCAAGGUUAUGGUAAACCUGUGGACUGGUGGGCCAUGGGCAUCAUCCUGUACGAGUUCCUGGUGGGCUGUGUCCCAUUUUUUGGAGACACUCCAGAGGAUCUGUUUGGACAGGUCAUCACAGAUGACAUAGUGUGGCCAGUAGGGGAUGAGGCUCUCCCCGUCGAUGCCCAGCACAUGAUCUCCUGUCUCCUGCAGAGGAAUCCACUGGUUCGACUCGGCACAGGUGGUACAUUUGAAGUGAAGCAGCAUGCGUUCUUCACAGAGGUGGACUGGAACAGCCUGUUGAGACAGAAGGCAGAGUUCAUUCCUCACCUGGAGUCAGAGGAAGACACCAGUUAUUUUGACACCCGCUCUGAGCGCUACCCUCACGUGCAUUCCUACGACGAAGAUGACACCAACGACGACGAGCCUGUGGAGAUGCACCGCUUCUCUUCAUGCUCCCCUCGCUUCAGCAAGGUGUACAGCAGCAUGGAGCAUCUGUCCCAGCUGGAGCACAAACCCCAUGGUGUGACUCUACGGGAGCACAAGGUCCCCAGGGAGGAGCGGAUGGCCAAAAGAGAAAGUCUGGGAAGUGUCACUCUCAGAGACAAGAGCUGGAGGACUGGAUCACCUGAGAUGAAGCGUCUGUCCUGCUCCGAGUCCUCCUUCACUGAGAGUGACUCCAGCCCACCUUCGGGGGCCCGAAGACGCUUCUCUGCCCUCAUGGACACACACCGCUUUGCCUCCCCUCUGGAAAUUGACUCUGAGCUGCUCACAUCCAGCAGACAGCCUCCUGUGAAGGCAAGGGGAACUUCUCUGGAAGGAGCCAUGGGAACAAUCUCCUCUCAGGGUGAUCUGAGAGCGUACCUUAAAGACGGCAAUGGGCACGCAGCUGGAGACAAGAUUUUGAGGCCUGCUGAUCCUGUGUUGCCUCUGCCAGGCAGUGCUACUGUUUUGGGGCUUCAAGAGGCACAUGGGCCCCGCGGGGCCACCACUGACCUGGUGCUGCGGAGGGUUCGCCACCAGCAGCUCACCGCUGAGGGAGAAAAACGUAAUUCACGACCGGGAACCAAAGUUAUCAAAUCUGCAUCUGCCACUGCUCUGUCUGUCAUCAUUCCUGCAGUGGAACAACACGGUGCUUCCCCUCUGGCUAGCCCCAUGUCUCCCCGCUCCCUCUCGUCCAACCCUUCCUCGCGUGAUUCUUCGCCCAGCAGAGACUACUGUCCAGUGGUCAACGUCCUGCAUUCUCCGAUCACCAUACAUCGCUCCGGGAAGAAGUAUGGCUUCACUCUCCGGGCCAUCAGAGUCUACAUGGGAGACAGUGAUGUUUACAGCGUGCAUCACAUGGUCUGGCAUGUAGAGGAAGGCGGCCCUGCCCAGGAGGCCGGUCUAAGUGCUGGUGACCUCAUCACUCACGUAAACGGGGAGUCAGUCCACGGUCUGGUUCAUACAGAGGUGGUUGAGCUCAUCCUGAAGAGUGGAAGUAAGGUGACCGUCACAACCACUCCCUUUGAGAACACCUCCAUAAAAGUGGGUCCCGCACGCAAGUCCAGCUAUAAAUCCAAGAUGGCACGACGCAGCAAGAGGGCCGGAGUUAAGGAAGGACAGGAGAAGAAGCGCAGCUCCCUCUUUAGAAAAAUCACCAAGCAGUCCAACCUGCUCCACACCAGCCGAAGUCUCUCCUCCUUAAACCGCUCACUGUCAUCCGGAGACAGUCUGCCAGGCUCCCCCACACACAGCCUCUCCGCACGCUCGCCCACGCAGAGUUACCGCUCUACUCAUGAACCCCCUUACUUGGGCACCUCCUCCCAGAGCAGCUCCCCUGCAACCAGCACUCCAAACUCCCCAGCAGCCUCUCACCACAUGAGGCCCAGUUCCCUGCACGGUCUCUCUCCCAAACUUCACCGCCAGUAUCGCUCUGCACGCUGCAAAUCUGCCGGCAACAUCCCUCUGUCCCCUCUGGCUCACACUCCUUCCCCGACCACCUCAUCUCCUCCGCCUCUCAGUGGCCACACCGUCGGGAGUUCCAACACGACGCAGAUCUUUCCUGCUAAGCUGCACUCCUCUCCACCUGUGGCCCGGCCUCGUCCAAAGAGCGCAGAGCCACCCAGGUCGCCCCUGCUUCAGCGGGUGCAGUCGGCAGAGAAGCUAGGAGCGCCGAUUCUGCCUUCCUCCUCUUCCUCGUCCUCAUCGCCUUCUCCCCUGACAGGUGGGGUGUCGUUACGCAAACACAGCCUGGAGGUGACACACGGGGACUACAGGAGAGAGUCUUUCCACUGUGAGCACAGCCUACAGAGUCUGUUAGAGAUAGAGGGAGAGAAUGGACCUGCUCCCCCGUCUCCUUCAUCAUCAUCCUCCCCCUCACCUCCCAUGGGAGGGGAGAUCGGAGGCCUGAAGCCUGUGAGAAGGCUGGGGAGGCAGGAGUCACCACUCAGCCGUGACACACUGCUCACAGCAAAAGAGAAAGACAUUCAAACCACAGCGUCUGAGACCAGUGGGUCACAAACGGAGAGUGUCGCUACCAAAGCUAUGUCCAAGACCAAUGUUAUUGACACAAGUAAAGUAAUAUCCACUGCUGAGGUUAAAAAAACCAGCGUCAGUGCAACUGCAGUGGAGGCUAGUCCAGGGUCAGUAUCCAAUACAGACACCAAGCGAGGUCCUGGGGACAAACCUAUAAAUAUAAGUGCUUCAGCGUCUGAGGCAACAGUCACCAAGAGUAAACCCGCUGAGAAAAUCUUAACUACAGGAGCAUCGAGGACUGUUCAACAACAGGAGAGAAAGCAGCAGAGCACACAGACCGAGAGUGCAGCUGCAGCUAAAGCUGGGGAUAAGACGGAAGAGAAAGUGAAGACUACUGCAGGUGUUGAAAAGAGUAACUCGUCCUCAGAGCACACCAAAGCACGAAAAGGCACCGAGGCGGGAGAUAAAGGAGGCAUAAGUGGCAGUGAUAAAGCACCUGAGAUGACUAAAAUCAAAGCUCCGGCACCUCCAGUUCCGACCCAGGUUCAAACCCGCACUGCAGCUCAUGUGCCGGCUGCUGCAAGAUCCAAAACUGAGAGAGUGUCCAGCAGCCACCGUGGGGUGAAGGAGGAGAAGGUACAUUUGGAAGCCCUGGAGGAGAAUCCCAUGUCACCCUCCUCUAAUGCAGCCUCGCCCUGCUCAAGCAAAUCUCGCCCCAUGUCCCCAGGGGACAAAGCAAGCUUCGUCACCCAGCUCACGAGUGUGGCCAAGACAGUGCUCGGGCCCAUGAAAGGAGGCUCACAAGAGGGAACCAAAGUCAAAGAAAGCUCCAAGACGAGCGAGGAGAAGCGCGGAAGCGCCGGGAAAGCGGAGGCGUCGUCUGGCGGCGGACGCCGUGGGCCUCAGACGGCAAACUCAGCCGUCGCUGACAAAGGAACCAGCAGGAGUGCAAAGCAUCAUUCAUGAUAUAAAAGAGAGAGGGGGAGAGAGACUAAUGCUUUUUACUGUAGCAUCAUACUGACAUAUCAUGACUCAGCGUGAAGGGGAGAUACAGAAACCUGGAGAAGUGACACCAAAACGGACAAAGAUGCAUCAGCUACUGUUGAAUAAAUGUGCGCACAUGGUAUCAUAAAGCAGGCGUGUGUAUGUUCCGGACGUCCAUCUCAAUGUGUUGUCUCUACAGUUUUUUUGGGGAGUAGAAAAAAAGUGCAUGUCUUACAUUGUAUGUGGAAAUUGAAAAAACCUAUUUAAGUGAAAAUGAUGACGCGGACCUUAACGGUAGUGAACACUGUGAACAACAUUUCAGCUGACCCCAGCAGAUCAACUGUUAACGACAUGUUAAAUGAGCAGGAUUCUGUGAACAGGGGCAUUACUCAUACUAUUUCAGAACAGCUCGAGUGCCAUCAUCCAUCAUUUAGUUCAGCUCUGUGUUUCCCUCAAGUUCAGCUACUCAAAGGGAUGCGGGCGCAGGAGGACUGGCCUCGUAUCCUGUAGUGAAUAAUAGAACAAACACACACAGGAGAAUGGAACCAGACACCACAAUGGUUGCAAUCAGACGGUGAAUCAGCUGGUUUGCGUCGGAUAAAUACGUGUAAGGGCUGAUUUUCAGUGGGAUUAGACGUGUGGGUUGAGGUUGGAUGAACUUGCACAGGGACACUAUGCAAUCUGCUCGUUAUGUCAGUGUCUGUCGGUGUCGCCCAGUUACUAAGUUUACAUUGUGUAAUAGACAAGAAGAGCGGGACACGUGGAGGACAGGGGUUUGCAAUAAGCCAAGCAAGCUCGUUGUGUUUUCAACGUCUCCACUGAUCGUAGUGAAAUGUGCAAUUACUGUAUACUGUUUUGUAUAUUAUAGGCUACACACGAAUACAGUGUGCUGAGAGUGAUGCGUGUGUAAAGAACAUUAAUGGAAGUAGCACUUAACACAGGAGAAGAUUAGGAAAGCUCUUUUAUUUACUCUUUUCUAUUUAUGCAGAGGUACAGUUUAUUGUAUAAGUGUGAAGGGAAAGUGCCAGUGUUUUUAUUUAGGGAUAAUGUGAUAUUUUGUUGAGUUUCUAUUUUACAUUUAAAUGUUAUGAUACUAAUAUGCAAUCCAUCAGUGCCCAGUUCCAUGAAACUGAGCGUCAGUGAUGGUCAGUGACACACAGGGAGACCACGCGUAGCCAGGAGCGUCGCUGUGCUGACGUCUUGUUUGUUCUUGUAUGACACGAAAAGUAAUCUUGCCAUUGUUGGACACCAGGCUCAGAGCUGCUGACUUAGACUGCCACCUUGUGGACAACAUCACGCAGCAUCGGAGAGGCCCUGAGUCUGUGGAUCUUUCCAUUUAUGACAUUGUGAGUCUGGUGCAUAGUCAAUUUUUGUUGAUGAACACAUUUCCGUUUCUGCAGUCUGAGCUUAUUUUACACAUUAAUGUUCUAGUAUAAGCAGACACUAUUGACCAUUUAACAUCAGUGAUUUUUGUGUGUAAUGUGAAAUGAACUGCACUUUAUUUUGUCUG